AUGCCAAGGAAAUUAUGCUUCCCCAGCAUAAAGGCGUAUGACGGUACCAGUGAUCCGGACGAUCAUGUCGCCCAGUACAGACAGAGGAUGCUCGCUGUAGCACUCCCAAAGGAGUCGCGCGAAGCUACCAUGUGCAAGGGAUUCGACACAACCCUGAUCGGACCCGCCUUGCAAUGGUACAUUAACCUACCCUCCAUGUCCAUAUCCUCCUUCGCGAUCCUCAGCGACAAGUUCGUGGGGCAAUUCGCCAGCAGUAAAGACCUGGAGAAAACUUCUGAUGGUUUAUACGAAAUCCUCCAGCAUCGGGCUGAACCCUUGCGAGGCUACAUAGACCGCUUCUAUCAAGAGAAGGUGGCCUUUCCCGAAUGUAACAUCCCUACUGCAAUCUCUGUCUUCAAGAGAGGCUUGCAUAAAGAGCUAACCAAAUACCAGUGCAAGACCAUGGAAGACGUGCUAUCUCGAGCAUGCACACAGCUAAAGCAAGACCCCAAGGCGGUCAGGCCGGAUCGAAAUGAGCAAGAUGAGAGACCCUCUCCAAGACCAACAAAGGAUUCUGGGAACAGAAGCCGGGGCAGAUACCAGAACCGGCCGAUCGAGAAGGCAGAAGGGAUGGUAGCGUCCACGUGGCCAGACAUCUCUCACCUCUCCAUCUCAAGGCCGGAGCUGAUCAAUGUUCUAAGGCAGAUGGGCCAACAGGUCAAGUGGCCUCAGAAGAUGAAAGCACUCGAUUCUUUCCGGAACCCUGGUCUUUGGUGCGACUUCCACCGCGACCACGGUCAUAAAACGGAGGACUGCAUCGCACUAAGGAUCGAGGUCAACGAAUUGCUCAAUAAAAGACACCUCAGGGAGUUCCUUUCCGAGAAGGCCAAGAGCCAUCUAAGAGGCUUGGAAAUCAGAGGCAUAAGCCAUGCGGCGGCAAAGAAAAGCAAUUGGAACGCCAAGCACGGCCUAGAGGCAGCCAAGCCAAAACGCCUGCUCUUGGGUACGGGCGAAAUAAGCUUCACGGCCAAGGAGCAAGAAAGGGUUCUCACCCAACAUCAUGACGCCUUGGUCAUAUCGCUCACUGCAGCGAAUUGCCUGGUAAAGAGGAUACUGGUAGACAAUGGAAGCUUCGGCAACAUCAUCUUCCAACCCACAUAUAAGGAUCUGGGGCUGGAGGAAAGCGCUCUGACGCAGAGAAUAACCCCACUCAUAGGAUUUAGCGGAAAGGUCAUCCUCCCGGUGUAUGCUGAAGGGAUUAAUAUGUCAACCAAGUUCCUCGUUAUUGACUGUGAAUCAUCUUACAACAUGAUCCUAGGGCGGCUCUGGAUUCACGGCGUGGGAGCCGUCCCUUCGACUCUUCACCAGAUGGUGAAAUUCCCUACACCUUGGGGCAUAAGAGCAAUCAGAGGAGAUCAAGAACAUGUUUGGGAUCGAUCUGGACACAAGCUGCAAGUGGAUCCCCUACAUCAACCCGUCAGACAAAAGAGGAGCAAGUUUGCCCCCGAAAGGGAUGCAAUCAUCAACGACGAAGUCAAAAGCCUGCUCGACACAAUGUUCAUUCGCGAGGUACAGUACCCGGAGUGGCUAGCCAACGUGGUCUUAUUCAAGAAGAAGAACGGGAAGUGGAGAGUCUGCAUAGACAAAGACCUCAACAAGUCCUGCCCAAAGGACCCCUUUCCUUUGUCUCACAUCGACAAGCUGGUCGAUGCCACAACCGGGCAUCAGCUGUUGAGUUUCAUAGAUGCGUUCUUCGGCUAUAAACAGAUACUCAUGCAUCCAGAAGACCAGGAAAAGACAUCCUUGAUGACAUCCUGA